UCGAUUCGACGAGUUCAGUGGACUUUUUACUCGGCGCUGGGAGAGGAGUGAUUAGAAAAUGUCGUCUGUGGAAUAUCGUCAGCGGGUGGACAGAAGGAUUGGACCCACCGGCUGCUCAUGAUCCCCACUCGAAUGGUGAGAGAUUGAUUUUUGUCAGAAAACGAAAGCAUUGAUCGCUUUGUGCGGCCUUCUUCAGAAAGAUUCGAUUCAUUUAGAAUUGAUUUUCUUUUGUCGGUAAAGAUCGUUCCGUGUUCCAAAUACUCGAGUUACUUUUAUGAAGGAUUUAGAAAUUUUGCAAAAUUGAUUCUUGUGAACGGUUCACAAUCUAAGAACUUCUACUUUAUAAAAUAUUCGAUACGUUGUUGGUCGUUGUCAAUGAAAGUCGUGCGAAAUUGAUUCUGUGGACGUUCUAUCUUCAAAGAAUUUUUGCCAAAUAUUUUCAUAAAAGAUUCGAUACAUUUAAAAUGAUUAAUUUUUGCCUGUAAAAAUGUUUUACAUUCCAAAUGCUUAAAUUAGCUGUUGACUUGUUCAAAAGAGUUAGUAAAUUUUGAAAAAUCAAUUUUUGUGAACAUUCCAAAAUUUAAUAACUGUCAACUGCUUCAAAAAAAAAAAAAAAUAUUGUACACUAUUUAAUAGGCUCCAAUAUCUCACUUUCUGGGAUGUAAAUUUGGUUUUUUUUUCUUUAAAGCAGAAAAAUAUUUAUUUCAAAGGCGUGUUCAAUUUUGGAAUAACGAUGCCACUGUAUUUAUGAUGGCAUGUCUGUAUUUGACAGUAGUUGAUAUUUUUUGAGACGUGGCAUUCGCAGAUUUAACUUCUCAAAAUUUUCUUCCUUUUGAAAAAAGAAAAAAAGGAUAAAUUCUUGCGCUCGAGAUAUUAUUUGACUAGUGCGUUCAAGAAGUCGGUUGUGUUCGAGUGUUAUUUGACUAACGAACUGAAAUAAAAAAAAAGCUUGUGCUCAAAAUUAUUUGGCUAGUGUUCUCAAAAAAUCGGUUGUGCUCGAGAUAUUGUUUGACUAGUGCAUUCAAGAAGUCGGUUGUGCUCAGGUGUUAUUUAACUAACGAACUGAAAUAAAAAAAAAGCUUGUGCUCAAAAUUAUUUGGCUAGUGUUCUCAAAAAAUCGGUUGUGCUCGAGAUAUUAUUUGACUAGUGUUUGUUCUCAAGAAAUCUGUUGUGCUCAGGUGUUAUUUGACUAACGAACUGAAAAAAAAAGCUUGUGCUCAAAAUUAUUUGGCUAGUGUUCUCAAAAAAUCGGUUGUGCUCGAGAUAUUAUUUGACUAGUGUUUGUUCUCAAGAAAUCUGUUGUGCUCAGGUGUUAUUUAACUAACGAACUGAAAAAAAAAGUGUGUGCUCUAAAUUAUUUGGCUAGUGUUCUCAAAAAAUCGGUUGUGCGCGAAAAACUGUUUUUCCAGAACCAAGACAAUAGUUGCCUAGUAGGUAAAACAAGAACUAAUUAAUGAAAAGAGUUUAACUAGUUUGAAAAAAAAAAAAGCUACUUUGUACUAAAAACGGAAUAGUUCUUUUUUAUUAUUUGUUACAGAAAGCUAUUGAUUCGUAUCUAAGUUAACAGGUAAGCUACUGGAUUGGUUUCAGACCAAGAAGUUAUUGAAUAACAACUAGCAAGCUAAUUUUAGUAAAAGUUGUUGAAAGGAAAUCGAUUAACUUGUGCCUGUUCAAGAAUUCAUAGAAAGCAGGACCAGUUGCUUUUGUCUGUUCAAGAAAUAGUCGAGGACUUUGUUUCAUUCUUAUUUUCUUGUUUCUGCGCCGAAUUUACUGAAAAGUUAUUGAAUUGUGUUUGUCCAAGAAGUUGCAGUAAGGAAUUAUUCAUUUAUACUCUCGGAGAAAUAGUUGAGCUGCAUCAACUGAAGAUCACUUCGUUGUUGUUGUUUGUCACUUGUUGCUUUACUUCAACAAGCUGCGUCCAAGAAAUAAUUGUGUUGCAUUGGCCGAAGAUAGCUUCGUUGUUGUUGUUCGUCACUUUUGCUUUACUUCAACAAGCUGCGUCCAAGAAAUAAUUGUGUUACAUCGGCCGAAGAUAGCUUCGUUGUUGUUGUUUGUUACUAAUAGCUUUUCUUCAACAAACUGUGUCUAAGGAAGAAUUAAACUGCAUCGACUGAAGAUCGCUUCGUUGUUGUUGUUUGUCACUUGUUGCUUUACUUCAACAAGAAAUAAUUGUUACAUCGGCCGAAGAUAGCUUCGUUGUUGUUGUUUGUUACUAAUAGCUUUUCUUCAACAAAUUGUGUCCAAGGAAGAGUUGAACUGCAUUGACUGAAGAGAGGUCUGCUGAAUCAUCCCAACGGGCGAUUUUAGUGUGACUUUCCGACUUUGCGUCCUAUGAUCUCCAGUUCGUCCUGAGCGAGGACGAGGUGGGCUGACCAUGGACGAGGUGGAAAAGUUGAACUUGUCGCUGAACGGGUGCGGCUACCUGGGCAUCUACCACGUGGGGGUGUGCGGCGCCAUCCGGAAACACAGGCCCGAGAUCCUGCGGCACAAGAUAUCCGGAGGAUCCGUAGGCGCCCUGGUCGCCUGCGCCUUCAUGUGCGAAGUACCGCUGGAGAUCUGCACCCGGUACGUGCUGGACGUGUCGGCGCGGGUGCGGGGCGGCAUCCUGGGCCCCAUGAGCCCGGACCUGGACGUGAUGCGCCUGCUGCACGACUACAUGGACAAGAUGCUGCCGGACGGGGCGGCCCGGAUGUGCGACGGACGGCUGCACGUCUCCGUCACCAGGUUCGAGGACGGGAAGAACGUCCUGCUGGACAGGUUCCGGAACAGGCAGGAGCUCCUGCAGGCGUUGAUGUGCAGCUGCUUCAUUCCAGUGUACUGCGGCUACGAACCUCCCGUAUUCAACGGAGUGGCUUACGUGGACGCCGCCCUGAGCAACAACUCUCCCUGCUUGGACGAGUGGACGGUGACGGUGGCGCCCUUCUCGGGGAACUCGGACAUCUGCCCCGACAACGAUGGCCACCACACGCCUAAGGCUUUCACCCUCUCCAGGACGAGCAUCGGGCUGACGGCACAGAAUGCGUACAUGAUGUUUCGGGUACUGUUCCCGGGUACUCCCGACCUGCAGAAGGGGUUCUGCCACCGGGGAUACAACGACGGACUGCGCUUUCUCAGGGACAGAGGCCUCUACCCUUGUUCCGAAUGCGGAGGUAGCACGAAUCACUCUACGUGUGCCCCUCCGAAUGUGCUCCUGCCCCCGGAAAUGGACCAAGAGAUCGAGUCGGCCAUCGGCGACUUCCGGCAGCGCCUGGGCUACCGCCUGUUCCAGUACCGCUCCAUGAAGGUGCUCUACUACGUCAACAUGCCCAGCAUCGUGACGGCCAAGGUGGCCUACGUCUUCAUCUCGGCGAUCCUCCAGAAAGUGCAGAACAAGGCGGGCCUCCACAUGGACGACCUCUGGGUGCAGUUCCUGCAAGUUCUGAAGGAGGGACUCUACCGCCCCAACGACAAGAGAAAGUCUUCGAAGGCUGUCGAGCAUUCCGAAAAGGAGGCCAAAGAAGCGCCAGACGCCGCCAAGACAGCCGAUUCGAACGCCAAAGUGAACGCCAAAACGUUCGGCAAGGCGUGCCAACUGGACCUGGAGGAGUUCGCCGAGCAGAGCGAGAUGAAGGACACCUACAUAUGCUGAGCUUUUGUGCUCCCUAGCGUCGUCCCGAGCAACUACGCAACAUCCGAGCUCUCCGCCAUUUUGGUUCCCAGGGACUGCGAAUACGUUCGAGCCCCGUGAUCAUUCUCAGCGCCGAAUGCAAUCAAACUCUUUUACGAAGAGCACGGAUUUGGCAAGCUCCCGGUUUUACGAAGCAAUAAAGCGACUCUACGUCCUGAGCUCCACGUACGCAACGUGCGAACAAUCCGCCAUUUUGGUUAAAUUCCUAGUUCAGUUUCGCAACGAUGAGAGCCCAGGUGCCUCCGUCUAGCGGAGAAACUGUGUGUGAUCAUUCUCGUGGUAGUGGUAUCCGCCGAUUGUGGAGCCACAUGAUAAGAAAAAUGGAUGUUAUACCGUGGGAUCGCUCUUAGGUCUGCGAAAGGUAAAGCCUCCAACGCAACCCGAUUAAAAAGAAAAAAAAAAGUAAC